UUAAAUAAUCAUGGAUUUAUGUAAAAAAAUGAAAAUCCAAUCGUUGUGUAAGUGGGACGUUUUGUUAGAGAGUUCAAGUGUAGAUUGACAAGCUUAAACAAGAUUGACAUGGUUAAAUGAAUUACAAGUCUGUAUUAGAUAUAAGGGAUAUGAAGAAUAUUUAGACUUACUUCCUAGACGUCUGCGUUUAUUUAUUUUUGUAAGAUUAAAACCGGUAGUCUCUUCAUAUAUAUUGAGAAUCUAAACUGGCAGAUAUACUCAGAGCAAUCUAAACUGGCAGAUAUACUCAGAGCAAUCUAAACUGGCAGAUAUACUCAGAGCAAUCUAAACUGGCAGAUAUACUCAGAGCAAUCUAAACUGGCAGAUAUACUCAGAGCAAUCUAAACUGGCAGAUAUACUCAGAGCAAUCUAAACUUGCAGAUAUACUCAGAGCAAUCUAAACUGGCAGAUAUACUCAGAGCAAUCUAAACUGGCAGAUAUACUCAGAGCAAUCUAAACUGGCAGAUAUACUCAGAGCAAUCUAAACUGGCAGAUGUACUCAGAGCAAUCUAAACUGGCAGAUGUACUCAGAGCAAUCUAAACUGGCAGAUGUACUCAGAGCAAUCUAAACUGGCAGAUGUACUCAGAGCAAUCUAAACUGGCAGAUAUACUCAGAGCAAUCUAAACUGGCAGAUACACUCAGAGCAAUCUAGAGUGGGUGAUAUACUCAGAGCAAUCUAAACUUGCGGAUAUACUCAGAGCAAUCUAAACUGGCGGAUAUACUCAGAGCAUUCUAAACUGGCAGAUAUACUCAGAGCAAUCUUAACUGGCAGAUAUACUCAGAGCAAUCUAAACUGGCAGAUAUACUCAGAGCAAUCUAAACUGGCAGAUAUACUCAGAGCAAUCUCAACUGGCAGAUAUACUCAGAGCAAUCUAAACUGGCAGAUAUACUCAGAGCAAUAUUCUAUGAAAUGAACGUUAUUGUUUAAGUUGUAAUUCCUUUGAUUUAAAUUACGAAUGCCACUGUAUAUGUAAAUACCGCUCGUACAACAAAUUACGAAUAAAUGUAUUAACCGUAUAUUUGAUAUUUUUCCAUCUGUGAAUAAUUCCCCAAGUUAUUAGUUUUCUGUGAAAGAUGAGUAAUUUCAGAUGUAUGCAAAUAUAUCAAAGAAGCUUUAGUUAUAAGACGUAUACUGAAACACGAUACUCUCGUGGUAUUUCAGGCAUAUUGAUUUGCUUUUCGAAACCAUCUUCAUAUACCUAUAUCAGAUACAUGAUUUGAAAGGCAAACAUAUUUUACAAAUUAUCAAUGGGAUAAUUUCCUUUUAUGAAGAGGAUCUUUCCAUUUUAACCGCGGUAGCAACAAAUACAACAACACUGUCUGCCAUUUUGUCUAUUUUUUCGUCGGGUAAUUCCGCGGCAAAAAGGUUAAAGAGCCAUAACUUUAUAUAAAUCAUGCAUAAACAAAGAUCUGACAUAUCAUUCAAAGAAACAAUCAAUAACGCCUGUAAUAAAUUAAAUAUAUGGAACGUUAGACAUCACAUACAAUAAGUAUUACAGUUAUUUUCAAGCACUGAGCCUUUUUUAUCUAAAACAAUAAAUCAAACUAAACAAGUUCAAAAACUGUGAAGAGUCUGAUACAUUUAAGUACCAAGCAAUCCAUUCAUACCGGCAGCGAGAGAUGUUUUCUGACAGAUUUGACAAGAAGUUCACGCAGUUGUUAUUAUAAACACAAUCCAGAGAUAGCUAAUGAAAUGCUGUGAGAUAACCCGACCCGUGAGUUAGCCGAGUUUUAAGUAUUUUAUCAUAAAUGUAUUUAUUAUCGGUGUAUGAUUGAAUAAAGUUGUUAUACAGGUUUUGAAGGUGCGCAUGUUCAAUGAUGCGGAAAUCAAGAUUUCCUCGUGCAUAGAUUUGUAGGUUUGUUCAUUCGACAGGCAAGCAGGGUAGAGCGUUGACGUGCUUUAAAUCGUUUUAUUUGUUAAUGCUAUGUUUUGUUUAAAGGCUAAUAUUAUGCUUUAUGUGUUUCAGUGAGUGUUAAGAGAGUAGAAGGAUGACUUGAGAUAGAAAGAGGCAUUGGUUCCGGACAUUAACGAAGGAAAAAGCCUUUUACUCAAACUUCGGAAACACGAUUCGUAUCUCUCGAGUGAAUAGAGCCAUGGAUAUCGUAGCAGGUGAGAAGACUGUAAAUGACGCCGACGGCGACCGCUUAAAGAAAAAUAUUACCACAAAGACAAACACAAAAGUCGGAUGGAUGCAAGAUGCAAAUCUGGGGCCUCCAUCCUCGUGGACUAAGGAGAUCCCCACUGAGGACGCGGACAUCGCGAGCCAAUACGACGCGUUGCAAUACCAUCUGUUCGAGCUCGGUUACCCCGAGACCGUGGAUCGCACCCGCGCCCCUCGGGCCGCACAGGACGCGCCCAUAGAGAAGGCGGCGGUGGCAGUGCUACACCAAGCCGGAAAAACCACGUCUAUUUGCCUAGAAGGCGGUCGUCAGGCGCCGGGAACAAUGUACAUGAUCCUGUCUUCGUCGUGGCUCUCCAAGGUCCCGUCUAGCAUCAAACCGGGACUGUAUACGCUAUUCAUUCACAAGGCCGUCACGUUUCACGCCGGCGGCGCGACCUUCCUUGACGAGUUCGAGCCGCCUAGGCGCGUGACGUACCUCGUGAAUUAUUUUACUCAUUCGGCCACCGGGGGACAGAGAAACGACGGGCAGACUAUUGAGGCAAAUUUGGAUUGCCCAAUGAACAGUUCUUAUGACCUCCGCGACGUCAUCAAUGACCGCCUCUGGUCGCGAAGUGUCCUGAAUUCCGUUGGAAUUGCAACGCCCGAGACCCUCGCAUUCUGUUUCAAACUGAAACACACUCUAGUUGCUUUGCCUCCCAAUGUUGUCAUCCACGAAUACGAAAGGAACACCAGCCCGGAUUUUGUGGCGAAAGAAGUCUCAACAUUCCUACAAGAGUUAUCCAUUAAAAACCGCAAACAUAUUAUCAUUAGACGGUCAAAACGAACACAGACGGGAAGCUCGGACGCCUCGAGGUUCAGCAUUGCAGACCGGUCCUGUAUUGUGGACGCGGUGCUAAAACUACUGAGCGAGCUUCAGGACUCAAACUCCGUACUCGUGGAGGAUUAUGUCGACCAUCUGAGCGCCGGAAAGAUCGAAGACGCGAAGUAUCUGUGGGCAGCACCCAGCGCGGAUUUUGGCGUAAGAUGUCGAGCGAUCGUCUGCAGAGAUUUUGACAACGAACCCGUCUGUACACCGCUUAUCUGCAGCGUGUUCAACAAAAACAUCGACAUCAGAGCUCACACGGUACCAAUGUCCCUCGAAACCGCCAUGAAAACGUUGAACAUUGUCGACGAAACGUUUAUUCGGGCGUUCCAGACUAGUCUGCGCGCGCACGCAGAGGCUGCGCUUCAGUCAAUCAUGAACCGCGAGAGCAAGCUGUCAGACAAGGGAAGGGCGGAGCCAGGUGCGCAGACGGACCUCAUUGGCAUCGACUACGUUCUCACGGAGUGUAACGGCAUAGUGACGGCAGUAGCGUUGAACAUGGACACGCACAAGUACAUCAGUGACGCUGCAGUGCGCGACAAUUUCACCUCAUUCGGGAACGGAAGGGUUGUUGAAAAUAACAGAACAGUGAAUCCCGUGGUAAAAUUGAUGGAGGCAAGCGGAAACGCUAUCAACAAUAAAGAUAUGGCCGUCCGGAAAGUUUCUCAUGAGAACAAAUUCACGUGUGGUGGUUUGGACGGAAUGUCCGUUCGCCCGUUCGUGCGGACUGCUCUGACCAAAUCUCAGUAUUUCCUAAUGUCGGGGAAGAAAAUACUUGCGUUAGAUGCAGGAGGUUUUCACAAGGCGAGAAUAUGGAGGUUCGCGAAAAAAUGUGGUAUAAAUCUGAUUAUGGUAGAUCCGGACCCAAACCACAAAGUCAAGGAUCUGGCGCACGCCUUCAUUCACUACGACGACAACUGCGACCACAAGAACGACAGGCACCACGCUGCCGAGAUCGUCAAGCUUCUUAAGCAGCGUGACCUCCAGGUGGACGGCUGCGUCACGUUUUGGGAGGACGCGGUGCCGUUGGCCGCCAUGGUGGGAGAGAUCCUUGGGACGCGAGGUUCCAUCGUUGAGGGAGCACUGAAUGCUAAGAAGAAAAGUCGCACGCAGUCGACAGUGUAUACGAAGGAUGAGCCAGUCGCUCACUGGGUGAAAACAUGCCAGUAUUCCUCACCAAGCUACCUCAUCCGGGAUCCCGCCGACAUCGACGCCAUCUGCAACAACAGGGUGAGAUACCCACUCAUGCUGAAAUUGGAACACGGAAACAGCGCCAUUGGAGCGACGCUCGUCGUGAGCGCCGAGGAACUCCGGACGAAGCACAGCGCCACCACCGACUGCUUCCGUAAGGAGGAGGACCAACAAUUUGUAGGCCUGGGGCAUGGGACUGAAACACUCGUCAUGGAGUACCAUGGGGGCUCAGAGCAUGACGUAGACGUCGUAAUGUAUGAACGUAAGCUCGUUGGAGCGUUCAUUUCCGACAACGGACCAACUAACUUCCCCUUAUUUACGGAAACUGCUGCCACUAUGCCGUCCGUGCUGCCGCCGGAUCGCCAGGCACAGCUUAUUGUGGCCGCCUAUAAGUGCUGCGUUGACAUCGGCCUCUCUGACGGCGUCUUCAACGUUGAAAUGAAGAUGACGGCCCGUGGACCAAAACUCAUCGAGAUAAACGGCCGAAUGGCUGGUUUCUAUCUCCGCAAGUGGAUCCGGCGCCUGUACGGUGUCGACCUCGCGAUGUGCGCAUUCAUGAUUUCCUGCGACAUGAAACCUUUCGUGCCAAAGUUCCAGCCCGUCGAACGCCUCAUGGGCGUAAUGGUACUUCCGUCACUUCACAGCCAUCUUGUGAAAGACAACCACUUCCGGGAACGCAUUCAGUGCCUUAAAGAUAACGGCGAUGUAAUUUUCCAAAAUUUCAAUGACCAGAUCAAGCUGGAGCAAUACGAGACGCCAUACGGGAGCUUUGGCGUCUCUGGUACCGACGUCGACGUCUGUCGCGAAAAGCUGUUGGCUCUAUGCGAGGAGUUGGGGAUCGAGAGCGAAAAAUACAAGGUCUCAAACUUUGCUCGCUAUUUCCGGUAUUAACCGAAAUUGAGCUUGAAUUAAAUAGGUUUUAUCGUGGGAUUAUGUUUUGAUGUUUAUACAAUACCUCGAUGAAAGCAGCGGUGUUCUGUGGAAUUGUAUUGCAGGCAUCGUUGACAUUUAAUUUCAGCAGGGUACAUAUCUCCUUUGCUCAUACACCAUAGUAAUUAUGUAUCUUAGUUGUAUAACAUACGAAGUGUUAAAAGCACAAUUUUAUGAAAUAUCUGUAUUGGGUUCGUAAUCAAUCAGUAAAUGUAAGGGGACUAAGAAAUAUAUUUUUGGAUGUUAUAAA